AUGUCACCCAGGAUUAUGAUGGGUCUUUUUUCCCGGCACAAAUCCCCGCCCACGACUUCUUUCGGCCACGCCUCCUUUUUCGAUUUCCUCUCGAUAACUCACGGAGAGGUGGCCUUUGUUCUGUUUUCGAGUAUUCUUCUCAAUAAUUUCAUGAAUUUUCAUAACAUUAUAUUCCAGUUUGUUCGAAUUCUCUUUCUGCGCAUCGCCAGCGGCUUUUUCGAGGACUUUUCGAAGGGCAACCAAGUUUCAGAAGCGAUAUUGGAGAUGAGCUCGAACCUGGUGCCGCCUCAAGUGGUCGUCGACACGCCUCGGCCUCAGCAUCCGGCCGACGGGGCCGUCCAGGCCGACUGUAAGGGCCUCAUCUCCAUCUCUCUCAGCAACUUCGUCCGGCCAAGUAGGUUUUUAAUUCAUUUUUUAACUCAAAAAUAUCUUCAAUCGAUCGGUCUAUAGCUGAACAAUUAGUUUGAUGAUGAUUUUAUCAACUCUCAACUCAUGAUCAAUUGAAAGCCGAUACGUGAACACGCGACCGAUCUGAAACGACUUUCGCUUGGAUUUGUCUUUAUCAGAACAAGCUAACAAAGGUUUCAAGUAGACGAGGACAACUUUCAAAAUUGGAAAUGAAUCGUUAGCACAUCUCUGAAAAUACUGGAGUGAAAAAUUGAAUUUUGCGUCAAAUCGAAGGGGAAAACUACUGAUUCGAAGUUUAGAAAUAAUUUGAAAAGUCGAUUUGAGCUAUCUGAGUUGAGGCUAAAUUAUUUUUUUGAACUUUCUCUUUUUCCCCUUUUUUUAAGAUUUUAAACUUUUCACCUUUUCCUUUUUUGAGAAAGACUCUGUACAAUAACUCUAUUAUUAUUAAACAAAAAUAAUAUUUUGAAAACAAAGAAAAACUGUUUUCUCCAAGUUUUCCGAAUAAUAAUUCGAAAUGUUGAUAUUUGUUUUUCGAAAAUUCAAAUUAUAACUUUCGAAAUGAAAAAAAAAGUCUGAGGCUUGAAAGCCUGAAUAAGCACCCAUCGAAUAUUCUCAAGUAACGUCAGACUUUUUUUCCCCGACGUCAGCUUCAUCUGUUCCUUUAUACGCAAACCUGGCUCCGAACACAGCUUAGCAUCUCGGAUUUGGACUAAUAUAUAAUCUCAUGAGCUUUUUUCAGAGUCCCCCAAGGAAAAAGGCCGCAAAUCGCCUUCAAAGUCGCCUCGAGUCAGCCCACGAGCAAGUCCGAGGCUCAAGAAAAAGUGAGCCGAUCGAUCCCGGCUUUCGCCUUUCCAACAGCUGAUUUCAAUGUUUAG